AGAGUCUUUCACCUAAUAAAGUCGUUCAACCAAAGUAAUCAAUAGAUCUCUGCUCUUCGCUCCGAAAAAUCAAAAGAGGAUCCAAAGAAAAAACACAAUCCGAGAUUUAUUUUUUAAUCACGCAACGACGUCGCGUGCUUUGUUUCUCUGCAUCGCCAUGGCAAUUGCGUCCGAUGAAUCCACCAGAAUAUGCAGUCACUGUGACAGAGCUAUCCCUUCUUCGAAUAUUGAUUUGCAUUAUGCCCAUUGCUCCCGUAAACUAGAAAGAUGUAAAGUUUGUGGUGACAUGAUUCCAAGGAAAUUUUCAGAGGAACACUUCUUAAAUACCCAUGCUCCGGUAUCCUGUUCACUGUGUAGUGAGACAAUGGAACGUGAAAUUUUACCAAUCCACAAAGGUGAAAAUUGCCCACAGCGGAUUGUCACCUGUGAGUUCUGCGAGUUUCCAUUGCCUGCUAUUGAUCUAGCUGAGCAUCAGGAAGUAUGUGGAAAUCGAACAGAGCUUUGUCUUCUGUGCAACAAAUAUAUUAGACUGCGAGAAAGAUAUAAUCAUGAAAGUUGGUGCAAUGGCAUCUCCGAUAAUACUGUGGGAUCUUCCAGGGAUGUGAGGGCAGCUGAAAGAGAGCAAGGUCCUCCUCAAGGAAGACAGCCGCAGGACUUCUCACGGAAGCGUCUUCUAUUCACGAUAGCAAUAACAGGCAUUGCUGUUCUAUUAGGAUCUCUUUUUUUCCAGAGAAAGACGGAGACCAACCAAGUGCAUUAGCAGCAGAGAGGAUACGCAUUGAGUAAUGUAAAUGUGCUCGAGAGCUAUAUUAUUUUAUCUGUACCUGAAACCAUCUGAGAACGUACUGUUAUUACCUUAUUAAGCUCAUUGGGAUUGUGAUAAUAUACUUACUGGACUGCUACUUGCUUUUUA